CAUAAUUUUUUUUUCCAAUGAUGUUCAUCUUCAUGAUCGGAUAAACUCUUGCAAGUCUUUUGGAAAUCAUCGUGAAAGAAAGAUUCAAAGUGAUUAUCUUUGUGGUGGACGCCUCCAUUGUUAUGUGGAAUUUAGCUUCAAAAUCGAUCAGAGAAGGCUUUAAAUCACAGGGAGAAGAAGCUGCUACAAAACAAAGAAAAGCUCCUUCAGAUUCAUCAGGAGAUGGAAGAAAGACAACAAAAGAAGAAAAAUUGGAGUGCCCCAUUUGCUGGGAAUCAUUCAACGUCGUUGAGAAUGUACCUUAUGUCUUAUGGUGUGGUCAUACAAUCUGCAAGUACUGUCUCUUAGGGCUUCAACGUGCCGUUGUCAUCAAAUCCUCAGCUUUACCUUUCCAGCUUCCUUUCUUCGUUGCUUGCCCUUGGUGCAAUAUUCUCUCUUUAAGGCUGGUUUGCAACGGAACCAUCAAAUUUCCUUCCAAGAACUUUUACCUUCUAUGGAUGGUCGAAAGCAUGAAUGGCUGCAGAUCCGAAGCGCGCAGCGACAACAAAAGGGUCACUUCAGGGCAGAGAGACUUGAGAAAGAGGUGUGAUGGAGUGAGUAAUACUGCCUCAGAUGAUGAAAGGUUACUGGACAAUCGCAGCUGGUGGAAUGGUGUGACCAGAGGAUUCUUCAGAACUGGGAGACUCCAUGACUCGGUAUGUAAGUCAAUGGCUCUUGUUGCUCAUUUGCUGUCUAAGUUCCCUUUGGUAGUCAUAUUCCUGUUGAUGUCUUUAUAUGCAAUCCCUGUGAGUGCUGCAGUUCUUGGGCUUUAUUUCUUUGUCACGUUUGCUUUGGCUGUCCCGUCAUUUCUCGUUCUCUAUUUUGCCUUCCCGAGCUUAAACUGGCUGAUCAGAGAGAUUGCAGCCUGACUCAUUGUGCUGUUUCUUUCUUCCUGUAUGUUUCCUGGCUUGUAAGAAACAUGAGAUUGAGCC